UUGUGCAUCAGUAAAUUUCCAUUUGUCUGGUCACUAGUGUUUGUGACAUCUUUCAAAUUUUCAGGGAAUUCCCGUGAUUGGUUUGAUGGUUUUCGGCCUCUAGGUGUACGUGAGCAUCCCUCACAAAUUGAGGCAUACCGCGUAAAAAAUCCUAUCAUUGAAGAAGACGGUGUUAAAAAGUUUUUGCUGGAGCUUGACGUUCGCCGGUUUAACCCCGAAGAGGUUACCGUCAGGACGAAUGCGAAAGAUAAUACACUGACAGUUGAAGCGAAGCACAAGGACGAUGAGUCGAAAUUCGAAUAUUUGCGAAAAUUGACUUUGCCACAGGGUGUGGUCAGUAAAGAUAUGACGUGCCACUUUACUGCGGAUGGAAUUCUCCAGAUAAAGGCACCUUACAAUCCCCCACAGGAAGCUCUUGUUGGUGACACCGAAAUUCCCGUUAAACACGAGUGA